CUGUCUUACCCAGUGAACAUUUUUAUAAGGAAUAUAAGGAAUAUAAAGUCUUCAAUGAAAUUUCAGAAGUGGGGACUACAUUCAGGUUUGAUUUAUAUGUUCCAGUACUUUGAAAAACUACUUUGCAUUAAUAUAGAGAUUUAUGAGAACAAGGACUGGGAGAAAGAACUGGAAGAAACUGAGUAGGACAUUCCCCUCCCCACACAUGCAGAUGGAAAAGGAGGAGGAGAAAUCUGGUAUUUUAGACGCCACGCAUCAUCCUCCCAGCUUGCAGCCACCAAAGCCUUUAAACUACUUUCAUCAUGUUGAUUCACUGGAGAAAUGAACUUCCUGGAUCACAUAUGCCAAAUUAUAAACUGGUUCGUUUGCUCUCUGUGCACAUCACGGUUGCUGAGACUCUGGAGUGGCAGGUGCCCAAGGACCAGAAGGAAUUUUCUACUGGGCACUGCUUUUGUGAUUUACUUGGGCUUUCUUGUCAGCCAAGUGGGUCAUAUUCUACCACAGCAUGGAGCAGGACCACCAAAAGCCAAUUCCAAGAGUCUCCAAGUUGUUGCCCAGACACCUUUCCUUGAGAUCCCACUGGAUGGCACCCUGUCACUUCCUGAUUUGCAAAGACCCCUGAUAAAUGAUACCUCAGCACUGCCCAAUGUGGUCUAUAUUACUCUGCGGUCCAAGCGUAGCAAACCUGCCAACAUCCGAGGUACUGUGAAGCCCAAGCUAAGGAAGAAACCUGCAAUACCUUUGCCCUAUGGAAAUAACAAUCCAUUAGCUGUCAGUGGCCAGAAGAUGCAUUUAAUGCACAAGUCACUUAAUGGGACUAGCGACUCCGUAGGACUGAAGAGAGCAGUAGUCCAAAUCAAAGCAAGGCAACACCAGGAAAAGGACAAAGAGAAAGAAGUGCUCCCAAAGGGUAAGAGACCUUGGCAACCUGUGGAAAUUUUAAGAGGUGAAAAUGUGCAGCCCAACACUCAGGAGAGCAGUAUCAGGAUGUACAGUGAGAGACUGCCACCUUGGCUGAGCAAAGAGGACAUCUUACAUAUGCGUCUUUUGGCAGAUUCCAAGAUAGUCACCGUUGGAGAGGCACCAUCUCAGCAUGGAACACUUCUGGUAUUUGGGAGGAUCACUGCUGCGAACAAGUUGACCGAAGGUGUUUCUUGCAGUCAAGGAUCUUGUGGCCUCCUCAAGAGACCUCUUGAUAUGAGUGAAGUGUUUGCUUUUCAUUUGGACAGGAUCUUGGGGCUGAAUCGGACCUUGCCUACUGUAGGCAGAAAAUCAGAGUUUGUCCAAGAUGAUCAACCAUGCCCUGUGAUUCUCUGGGAUUCCUCCUUGUCUCAAACAGACAACAAGACACAUUCUUCAUUGAAGCUAAACUGGGGAGCCUACAAGCAGCAACUAAAGCAGAAGUGUUGGCAAAACCAUAAAGUGCCCAAAGCAGAGUGGGGGUGUACAGAUGUCCAUCACCAUGAAUGGUCCAAGAUGGCUGUCCUUGAUUUUCUGUUACAGAUCUAUCAUCGCUUGGACAAAAACUGCUGUGGGUUCAAACCUCGCAAGGAAGAUUCCUGUGUACAGAAAGGACUGCAUCAGAAUUGUGAUGACCAGGAUAGCAUUGCUUUGACUCACAUUAUUCAGAGAAAGAAGGACCCACGGCAUUUGGUCUUUAUAGAUAACAAAGGUUUCUUUGAUAGAAGUGAAGAAAAUCUAAAUUUCAAAAUAUUGCAUGGCAUAAAAGAGUUCCCCGAAUCUGCAGUCUCAGUACUGAAGGGUCAGCAUUUGCGACAAAAACUUCUUCAGUCUUUGUUCCUUGACAGAAUUUUUUGGGAUAGCCAAGGAGGUCGCCAAGGGAUUGAAAAACUCAUUGAUGUGAUAGAAAGAAGGGCUAAAAUUCUUCUUACCUACAUUAAUGCACAUGGGGGGAAAGUACUGCCAAUGAAUGAGUAACAUUCUGAAGAAAAAAGCCAAAAACCCAACCCCCACCCCAAACACUAGAGGUUACUGAUAAUUUUAAUUUCCAUUUAUUUCAUGCUUGGAGUACCAUGAACAAAUGGUUAAACUUAAAUCCAAUAUUCUAUAAAUAUAAUCUGGAACACACCAAUUCAAUUAUUUAAAAAAGUAAACAUACAGAAGAUUUUUUGUUUUUGUUUUAAUAAGUAGAAACUUUAUGUAAUAAGUAGAAACUUAGAGGUGCUACUUGCUUUGAAAAAAGUUCAAAAUGGUUGCAGCCCCCGAACUACUCAUUUCAAUAGGGCUCUUCUAUAAUAAGUGUUUUUAAAUAUCACUCACUAUCAAUACUUCCUUUAAAAAAUGUACAGGGAUUUUUCUUUCUUUCCUUCCAACAGUAAUGACAGACCUCAGGUGUUUUCAUAUUUCUAUGUGUCUAAACCGUUUAGUUAACCAAAUCCAUUCUUCAUGUAUGUUUUUCAGUUCAGAUUUUAUCUAAGCAUGCCAUCCAAAGGGAUGAACAUGGAAAUGUUACAUAUAUGCUUCUUGUUUUGUUGUUGUUGUUGUUAAUGUUCACAAACUGUUACUUGUCUGUUAAAAAUUCUAUAGAAAACUAGACAUUUCUGGGAAAAAAAGAUUAAUUUAAAUCAGUAUAUGGAACUGAAAGAUUCCCACUACCACCUAUAGCUUUUCUAUCCUUUAAUCUACAUUAAAUUGCCACAUCACAACAAUACGAGUCAAUAAAUUCCAAAACUGUUGGAAUGCUAUUCUUGGGAUCUGGUUUUAUCAGUACUAACUCCCAUGGACUCCUUUCUUUGACUGUGUACUUCCUUCCUGUCAGUUGUAACCCAGGCUGGCUUUGUAUAGUUUUACAUCAGUCCUCCUUUCUUACUGGCUCCUCCUUUCUUCAGCUUCACCAUCAAUUGUUUCCAUCCUCAGGUCCUACUCUUCAGGCUACUGCCUACAUUGUCCCAUUUCCUUUGGUACUCUGUCUUUUGAUUAGCGACUUUAGCUUCUUCUUUGCCCUUCCCUUUAGCACAUAAUACCUCCUCAGUUUUAUACUUUCAUUAGCCCCUUCUUGCCUCUUUCCCUUUUCUUUUUCAUCACACUAAAUUCUAAUCUCCAUCAACUGUUUCUUCAGGUUUCUCUUCAGCUGCAUCCACAUGAUAUUUCUUGUUCUGCAUUUACUGUAACUGAGAAUGUGAAGAAUCCCAGUUAGAAGCUAACUCCAGUCACCUUUGUCAUAUGAAUGCAGGUGCACAGGUUAACUGGAGGUAGUUUUCUUCAUGAAUGAUAGGAUAGUAAACAUGGAUUAAAUUUUGGAUUUUAAUCCCUGUUUGUGUAUGGGGGAGGGGCUGGUUUACCCAUGUGCCUGCAUACAUGUGUCUUGGGUAACUGAAAUUAGAAAAUCUUUAGGAACUUUCUGUACAAGAAGGAAAGGGGAAGGAGGGUAGAAUAAGAUGUGUGAGCCGGGCAUAUAACUGCUGGCUGGUUACAAGUAGAGAUGGGCACGAACAGGAAAAAAGAAAUGAACAUGAUGUUUGUUGUUCGUUGCCAUCCAUGAACAUGGACUCACGAACAACUACGAACAUGGCCCUGUUCAUGAACAUGUUCGUGGUUGGCUGUUUGUGGGGGCCAGCAGGCUCUCCUCCAGCCAUCAUCCAAGUCAAGAUCCCUACUGCACCACUCCCAGAAGCCUGACCUGAGCAGGCACCAGGAAAGGUACCAAUAAUAAAUAAUAGCUUGGCCCUAGGGCCUGGCAGCAGCCCUGGAACUUGAAGGGGUAGAUCCCUACUGCACCACUCCCAGAAACCUUACCUGAGCAGGCAGCAGGAAAGGUACCAAUAAUAAAUAAUAGCUUGGCCCAGAGCCUGGCAGCAGCCCUGGAACUUGAAGGGGUAGAUCCUGAUCCCACCACACAAAAAGAAAAUUCAAGUUCCAAUGCACUCUAUCAAAAUGCCAACAGCAACUUUUUCUCCACUGUCUGCAAAGUCAGAGCUGGGAGCCCCCCUCCCCCCUGGUCUUUGCUCCCUUGUUGUAACAAAUUUGGAGCUCCACACUUGAAAGGAAGACCUGCCCAUCAAGCUAAAUUGGGCUUAGAUUGGGGUUUCCAGGGCAACAGCAGGAGUUCAGACAGAGUUCAGACAAUCCCUGCCUAAGUUGCCAAGGGAAUUGAUUGCAGGCGCCAGACUGUCUGGCUUGAUGAACAGACAUGAACAGCCACGAAUGAGGCUUGCAAUGACCACCCGUUCGUUUAGAAUGGGGCCUCACGAACAGCUUCUUUGCGAACAGCAGAUUGGGCUGUUUGUGGCUUUUUUGUUUGUUUGUAUUGCUGUUUGUGCCCAUCUCUAGUUACAAGUGACAUCCGAAUGCAGAUUUGUCAGUUCAUUGUCUACUUUCUACCAUUUUUCAGUCUUUUUUUCUUCUGUUUUCCCUUUCUUUUAAAUUCCAGUCUUCCUAAUUAUAAUCCCAAACAAGUUUACAAUUUACUUUUCCUCACAGAAACAGGAUUACAAUCUUCUUUAAUCUGUGAGCAAUGGAAUUUUCCAGUCCAUUGUCCUUGUUCAGCUAGUCUGUGUCAGGGGCUUCAUUGCCAUGAACGCAAUGAAAAAUAGAUUGUCUUUAAAAAUUACAUGUAUAUUGUUUCUUACAUAAGCUCUAUAACACUUAAGUGUUCAGAUGCAACAUGUGUUCACCACUGUACUUUCUUCCUGCCAUUUAAGUAAUGAAUCAGGUUUUCAGUUGAAUGUACAGGUGAAUGUAGCUUUAGAUUUAGUUUGCUGUGAGGCUCCUGCAAUAUAAAAGCAAAACGUAUCUCUGAAAACAUUCCUUCCAGUAAAUGUAUUAUAAAAGCAAAUGGCUGUGUCCUAUCACCAUUAUACUGACAGAUAAGGGAAGAGAUACAGUCUCUCAAUUCCCCUUCUUACCGCCGUAUCCUGAUCCACAUGGCUUUUUAUCCGUGAGGGUACAGCAACUUUCAUCCGUGCCUUUUCAGGGGACACAGGAAACUGCAGGGGAAAGGAGAAUCAGGGAAUGAUCUGCUUCUGCGUGUGGAAUGGCAAUAGGAUACAAACCAAUACUUCUUGUGGUGCCUUAUAGACUAAGAAAUUAAUUGUGGCAUAAGCGUUCAUGAUUCAGAACACUGGCUCAUAAAACUCUAAUUAAAAUAAACAUGGGAUUGGAUGGAUCCAGCCAGUUUCUUCACUCUGUCUCACCCAAUUCCCCUCAUGACUACAGUCCUCUACCCAGAUGGCUUUUAUACAUUCAGGUCCAACGAUCCUCUGCAUAGUCUUUUUGGACGGUCAGAGAAGAUGGCUCCUUCUCAUCAGCAGAUAAUCUGGUUGGAUCUCACCCUUUAAAGGGAUUUGGAGAUCACUAUUCCCAGUAGGAUAGAAUAUUGUCUUGAACUCUGAACCACGUUUCUAAUUUUCUUGUUUGUGUGUGAAGUUGGGCUCAGUCAGAGCCGAGGGCCAUAUACCAUGUGCUAGGAGAGCUUUAGAAUAUACAAAGAGUCCUGCUGGAUCAGACCAGGGGUCUAUCUAGCCCAGCAUCCUGUCUCCUACAGUGGCCAACCAGUUCCUGUGGAGGGCCAACAACGGGGCAUAGGGGCUGAGGCCUUCCCUUGAAGUUGCUUCUGGGCAUUGAUAUUCAAAGUUUCACUGCCUCAGAAUGUGAAGGUUCCCUUUAGUCAGCAUGGCUAGUAGCCACUGACAGACCUAUCCCCCAUGACUCCAUUUUAUCCCCCUUUUAAAGCUAUCUAUGCCUAUGGCCACAUCUUAAUUCCCUCAUUGUAUAAAGAAGUAUUUCCUAUUGUCUGUUCUGAAGCUACUGCCCAUCAGCUUUGUUUGAUACCCUCAAGUUCCAGAGGCAGACUAGGAGGUAGCAUCUGAGGAAGGCUUUGGCCUCUAUUCCCUCUUUUUGGGGCCUCCAAAGCAACUGGUUGGCUACUGUGUGAAACAGAAUGCUGGACUAGAUAGGCCAGUGGUUCAGUAGGCUCUACUUAUGUUUUUAUGUUCUCAUACUCAGCAACAAUUCUCAGGGUUCCUUGGGUAGACAGAAUGAUGAUCAGAUUUGUACUGUAGGUAUGUUCUUUCAGGCCCCGGUUCAGCACCCCCUCUGCAUAUGGGUGCUCCUUAUACAUGCUGGUGAUUUCAGAGAUUUUAAUGAUGUGGCUGUGAUUCAUGUACCGAAAAGGGAGUUAACUGCAGGAAUGUCACGCACGAGAAAGCAAUCUUGAAAAUUUUUUAUGCAGCUUCUCACAGUGGCUGUUUUUCUUUUGUCUUGUUUGUCCUUGGAAUGUAUGAGACAGUUCUGCACUCCUGUUUUAUUAAUCAUGUACCAUCAGGAGGGUUGAAUCAAACAGGACUACUGAAUAACUAAAUAGGAAAGAUGGCUUUUGUCUGUGAAAAAGGCUGGUUCUUUUCCUAUCAGUAAAUCGAGUUCUGUGUGCUUCAAGUGCCCUUCUCCCUUGCUGUGGCUUGUGGCAAACAAGCAUUCUCCAAGGCCAUUUAAGUGUUGUUAAUUGUUUCCUCAGACCUCAACUGCUGGGGCAAGGGUGACAGCAAAAUUAAUUUCCUUCAUUUUAAAGCCUGAGGUUUACAGCACCAUGGAGUCUUAUUCCAUUCUGGGAAAAAGGACAAAAUGAAUUAGAAGCUGUUUCCUAUGGUAGUCUUCCAUUCACAUCUUUUGUAAACAUCUGGACUGGGCUACUUUCCAUUUAUGGGCAUAUGGGAACACAAAUAUUUUCACGUUCCAGACUAGUCCAAAGGGAGUAGAGGAAUCCAAGAGCUGUGCGUGGGAGAAAUGAUUGUGUGUUAAAAUUCUUGGGUGAAAUGCCAACCUUUUAACCACCCUGAAUAUUUUCAUAUCAGUAGAAAACAUGAUAACUGGCUCGUUCUUGCACAAAGCACGAUAAUUUCCCCCAGCUCUGUUCAAUGGGUCAUUGCAGGGACCACAGUAACAAAAUUGUGCUUAUUUUCUUUACAUUAAGGAGAAAUGCCUUAAUAGAGAGCACAACAAUGCACAGAGCACAACAAUGCACACAGCUUCUGUGUGUGCCAUCUUCCUCAGUCAUUUCAACAGAGAUCAGUGGUGGUAUCCUUUUGUACACUUUCUCCAUAGGAGUUAAUGGGAAAUCCCUUGUGUGCUCCGGAGGUAUCGUCUGCAUCCUCCCUGUCCCUCCAAGGACCACCCAGACAGGUUUGAUAGCCUCUGAUCACCAAUAAAGAAUGCUCUCCUGUUCAUGUCUUGAUGUGAUCUCUAGUGGAGACCAAUGAAAUUCAAACGGGCAUUUACAAAGCCUGAAAAUUCUGGGAAGUUUUCCUUGUGGCCUACAGUACACCCAAAAUCUGUGGUGUAAAAACCAUAUUGUGUUAGUCCAUAAAUAUAACUAAAUACAACUGAAAAUACCACGUAUAAAUAUUAAACCACCAAAUAUGAGUAUAAGGGUGUAAGAAAUUGUCUGUUGAAUUUAAUAAGUGAAAGUUUUAGAAGUUUUUAUUCUGAAUAUUAAUGAGACUUUGUGUUGCUGUGUCUUGUAAAAUAAACAAUAAAGGCUGCAUCUUCCACAUUUUCA